UGGCUGAAGAGUAGCACUUGCUAAUUGACCAUAGUAUGUAUCCUGCCAGCCAGUGGAAAUAUUCAAGCCAAUAAAAAAGAAGUUAUACCUCGUCAAACGAACGUUACAGCCGUGUUCUUUCGAAUAUCUACUUUAAACAGUGCGCCUAUUGCUAUACAUUAACUCGUCACACCCCCAGCAAGCCAUGGCAGCCCCCGACGACGACGACUCUCAAGAGGGAGCCAGUGGCGGAGGGGGUUCCAGGGCGCAGUACGUCUCUGCAACUGCGUCGUCUUUACCACUACCAGGAGACGCAGCAUCGGUUGUGGACGAGCACUUCUCAAGGGCGCUGGACAAAACGGCGACGCAUGCGAAAGAUUCUGGCAAUUAUAAGGUAUCUUGGUUAAAUGUAUCUUAUUUCCAAUUUGUUAGUAAAACCGCAUCUAUUGAAGAUGAUCGUAAAGUUAAAUAA